ACUACAUCCUGGGGGGCCUCUUCCCCUUUGGAAUCAAAGAAGAUGCAGUUCUGGAGCGGACCCAGCCAAAGGGGGUGCUCUGUACCAAGUUCUCAGCAAUGGGACUGCUGUGGGCACUGGCUAUGAAGAUGGCCAUCGAGGAGAUCAACAACUCAUCAGCACUACUGCCAGGCGUAUACCUGGGCUAUGACCUCUAUGACACCUGCACCCUGCCGAUGGUGACCAUGAAGCCCAGCCUCCUGUUCAUGUCACAAAUUGGGAGCCGGGACAUCGGCGCCUACUGCAACUACACCCAGUACUGGCCCCGCGUGGUGGCAGUCAUCGGCCCCCACUCCUCCGAGCUUGCCGUCAUCACGGGCAAGCUCUUUGGCUUCUUCCUGAUGCCCCAGGUUAGCUAUGGGGCUGGCAGCGACCGGCUGAGCAACCGUGAGCUGUUCCCAUCAUUCUUCCGGACAAUCCCCAGUGACCGGGUGCAGCUGCAGGCCAUAGUGGAGCUGCUAAGCCUGUUUAGCUGGAAUUGGGUGGCAGCUGUGGGCAGCGAUGACGAGUAUGGCCGCCAGGGCCUGAGCCUCUUCUCCAGCCUCGCCAACAACCGGAGCAUCUGUAUUGCCCACGAAGGCGCCCUGCCGCUGCCCAGGGUCCAGGACUCCCAGGAUCUGGGUAAGGUGGAGACUCUCCUGCGGCAGAUUAACCAGAGUGCUGUGCAGGUGGUGGUCCUGUUCUCCUCUGAGGCGGCUGCCCGCAUCCUCUUCCAAUACUGCAUCUUCACCAAGGUGACCCCCAAGGUGUGGGUGGCCAGUGAGGCCUGGCUAGUGUCUGACCAGGUCCUCAAACUGCCUGGCAUUGAAGGGGUGGGCACCAUCCUAGGUUUCCUCCUGCGGGGCUCUUCGUUACCCGAAUUCAGUGACUAUGUUAAACAGUGCCUGACCCAGGCCGCCAACCAGACCUUCUGUGACACCCUGGGAGAGGCCCCGCCCCAGACUGAGGAUGACGUGGUCGGGCCGCAGUGUCCCCAGUGUGACCACAUCAGCCUCGAGAACAUCUCAGCUGGUCUGCAGCAUCACCAGACUUUCUCUGUCUAUGCUGCCGUCUACAGCGUAGCUCAUGCUCUCCACCUCUCCCUGGGCUGCAACGCCUCUGGAUGCCCCUCCCAGAACCGCACUCGGCCCUGGGAGCUCGUGAGCAAGAUGUAUGAUCUGCGCUUCCCCGCCCGCUCCCUCACCCUGCAAUUCGACAACAGUGGGAGCGUGGACAUGACCUAUGACCUGAAGCUGUGGGUCUGGCACAAUAACUCGGAGCCAGAGUUUCUUACCGUGGGCUCCUUCCGAGGGAGCCUGAAGCUCAAUCGCUCCAGGAUCCGCUGGCACAGUCAAGGGAAUCAGGAACCUGUGUCCAGGUGUUCCCGAGAAUGUGAGGAGGGCCAGGUGAGGAGGGUCAAAGGUUUCCACUCUUGCUGCUAUGACUGUCUGGACUGCAAAGCUGGAACCUACAGACAGAACAGAGAUAACUUGUCCUGUACUGCCUGUGAACACCACCAGUGGUCUCCUGAUCUCAGCACUCAAUGUUUUCCCCGGACCAUCAAAUUCUUGGCGUGGAGAGAGCCGGUGGUAAUUGCUUUACUUCUGCUGCUGCUGCUGGCGGUGAGUCUGAGUCUGGCAGCUCUGGGGCUCUUUUGCCACCACUGGAGUUCUCCAGUGGUGCGGGCCUCGGGAGGCAAUCUCAGCUGCUUUGGUCUGGGCUGCCUGACCCUGGUCUGCCUCAGUGUCCUCCAGUUCCCAGGCCAGCCCAGCAGGGUCAGCUGCCUGGCUCAGCAGCCCCUCUUCCACCUGCCACUCACUGGAUGCCUCAGCACCCUCUUCCUUAAAUCGGCCGAGAUCUUCCUGGCAUCAGAGUUCCCAGGCCAGGCAGGGCGGCUUCGCAGCUGGCUACACGGGCCCCAGGUCUGGCUGCUGGUGGCUCUGCUGAUGCUCGUAGAGGGAGCACUCUGCACCUGGUACCUGCUUGCUUUCCCCCAAUUCAUGGUGACUGACUGGCAGGCGCUGCCCCGCGAGGCCCUGGUGCAUUGCCGGGUACGCUCCUGGUUUGGCUUUGGCUUGGUGCACACAGUCAAUGUGGCACUGGCCUUCCUCUGUUUCCUGGGUACCUUCAUGGUGCAGAGCCAGGCUGGGCGAUAUAAUCUGGCCAGGGGCAUCACCUUCGCCAUGCUGGUGUACUUCAUCACCUGGAUCUCCUUCAUCCCACUCUUUGCCAAUGUGCACAAGCUCUACCAGCCAGCCAUGCAGAUGGCUGCCAUCUUGCUCUGUGCCCUUGGGAUCCUGGCCACUUUCUACCUGCCCAAGUGCUACCUGAUGCUCUGGGAGCCACACCUCAACACUCAAGAGUUUUUCCAGAGCUUUCUGGAGCUGGGGCCAUGGGAUAGAGGAGAAGACCAGGAAGGGAAGGCUGCAAAGAAAGGGAACCAGUGA